AUGGCCCUCGACGCAAUGGACCUCGACCCCCACCCGACAGGGCCAGCCAGACAAUCCUCGCCCGAAAAAGACCGCAAGCGCAAACACAAGGACACCACAUCACCCAGCAAGAAGAAGCGCAAGCACGAAAGCGAUGCCUCCAGCAGCAAGAAGAGCAGCAAGAAAUCCCAGUCCAAGACCAGCACCAACACCAGUACUAGCAAACCCACGACCCCCGACUCCCCCUACACCCUCACCACCGCAACGCUCUACCUCCCACUCUCUCCGAUCUCCAUCUCGCCAACCCACGCCCUAGCCUCCCUGCUAGCAGAGCACCUCUCCCCGCUCCUCCUCACCUACUACACCCCCCUGAAAGGCAUCGUCCUCGCCUACUCCAAUGCCUCAAUCUCCAGCACCCCGCCGCCCUCAUCCACCAACAUCGUCAACGCCGAAGACCCCAACCUCCCGCAACCACUGACUCUCGCCCGCACCGCCGGCGAAUACGGCGUCCUGUACGUCUACCUCACGGCGACCUUCCUGGUAUUCCGGCCCCAGCGCGGCCAGAUCCUCGAAGGAUGGGUGAACGUGCAAUCGGAGGGCUUCCUGGGCGCCAUUGUCCUGAACCUGUUCUCCGUAGGCAUUGAACGGAAACGUCUACCCCCGAGCUGGAAGUGGAUUCCUCCCGGCGAGGAAUUGGAAGAGGAACAGCAGCAGCAGACAUCCACCACCUCCGCUACAGAAAAGGAAGACAACAACGACAAUGAAGACAGCGACUCCUCCUCCACCUCCGAAGGAAACAAGAAGAAAUCUGCCUUCGACCCCGCCAAAGAACUCUUCCGUCCCAUCGCCCUCGCCGAGGACGUGAACCCCCUCGCUGAUACGGAUCCUACUUCCACCUCUACCAACGACAAUGCCACAGGCGACUACGACGACGACGAAACCGCCGCCGCGGAAGGAUACUUCCAGUCGGUGUCUGGUCACCGUGUGCGCGGCACGAUCAAGUUCCGGGUCGUGGAUGUGGAUGUGAUUCCUGGGUCGGAGCGGGAGAGCGGAUUCCUGAGCAUUGAGGGUACGAUGCUGGAUGAGGAGGAGGAGAAGAGGGUUCUGGAGGAGGAGAGGACGGGCGUGGUUUCUUCCGCUCCUUCUGCUGCUUCUAGCUCCUACGGUGGUGGUAGUGGAUCUACCGGUAUGACACCCAGAAAACUAGGCUCAGUGACGACCAUGUCUGGUGCUUUGGCCAUCCGGUCUGCUUCUGCGUCGGUGGCGCCGGAGCUGGAGCCGGAGGUGGUGGAUGUGCAUGUGGAGGAGUCGCCUAGUAAGGUGAAGAAGUCUUCUUCGUCGAAGGACAAGAAGGAGAAGAAAGAGAAGAAGUCCAAGUCUUCGAAGAAGGAGAAGACUAAGGAGUAA